GAGGUAUGCUCACAAAGUGAGAGUGAGACAAUGCACCUAAUCCUCUUAGAAGACYUCAGGUGUUAGGUAUUACACUUAUCCAUUGUGAAGACCUGUUCUGUGUCCUACAUAAGCCUUUGGUCGUUGGGAACAUUUUUUGUUUGUGUCACAACAUCCAACUCUGGAAAACUGCCAAACUCUGGGAGCUGUGCACCGCUGGCUUUGUAYGACAUUGAUUCACUGGUUGGGUUUUCCAGGAAGCUGAUGAUGUGACAUGAAUCACCCCACAGACGUUCUGACUUCUUUCACUCCAUGGUCAGCUGGGGGUGACAGCUCAUCUCUGCCAAAACCCAUUUAUGCUGCUUAAUUCAACCUAGCCACCUGCAAAGCUUCUUCUGUAGAGAAUGCAUUGCACAAGAAGGAAGCGACUUCAGCUGAGUCGGGUCCUGUUUCUCCUCUCAGGGGUUUUCCUUUGCACACUCUACCAGCUCACCAUCAGUGCCCGACUGUAUGAGCCUUUGCCAAUGCCUCAGAUUGGAGAGGAUUUUGGAGAAGGUUCGACAGAGGGCGUUGAGGAGGCCACAGUAGAGCCAGGAGGGCUGGAGGAACCUCUCACUGCAACCCAUGAAUUGGAGCUCACAGAUCAGACAACGCCAGCAGUUCAUGUGGUUCAGGGCACAGGCACAACCACACCGUCCAAAGCGUCCAUCACCACUGAAUCACCACAGGUGCCAGCCACAAACCGGACUAUUGUGCACUGCAUCUUCAUGGCCCCUGAACCUCCUGGAGAGACACCCACCCCAGCUCCAGACCCUUCAGUUGCCAUAGUCCCUCCAGGUUCUCCUGGUGAAGCCCCGCAAGUUAAAGGCGAGUACCCUGAAGAUAUUUUCUCCAUUGAAGAUCGCAGACGAGGAUGGGUGAUCCUCCACAUUUUGGGGAUGAUGUAUAUGUUUGUGUCUCUUGCAAUCGUCUGUGAUGAAUUCUUUGUGCCAGCACUUGGGGUAAUCACAGACAAAUUAGCCAUCUCUGAUGAUGUAGCCGGAGCCACCUUUAUGGCAGCUGGAGGUUCUGCACCUGAGCUGUUUACCUCCUUGAUAGGAGUCUUCAUCGCCCACAGCAACGUGGGCAUCGGCACCAUCGUCGGUUCAGCCGUCUUCAACAUUUUGUUUGUGAUCGGAAUGUGUGCUUUGUUUUCUCGGGAGGUCCUCCAUCUGACCUGGUGGCCACUUUUUAGAGAUGUGUCUUUCUAUAUUCUGGACCUCAUCUUGCUGAUUAUCUUCUUCUUGGACAAUGUCAUCAUGUGGUGGGAGAGCGUGAUGCUGGUGGGCUGUUACACUCUUUAUGUGGUCUUUAUGAAAUAUAAUGUGCAGCUGGAGCAAGCGUUCAAAACCCAGUUGCAUAAACACAAGAGCCUUGUGAAAGUCAUUGCUGUGGAAGAACCUGAAAAGACUAAUGGGGAUGGUGAAGCUAAAGUCCUUCCUGCUCCAGAGGACAAGAAUCGGUUAAAGUUACACAACAGCACCAUGAGAACCACCAUCUUCCAGCUCAUGAUUCACACAUUGGACCCUCUAGGAGAGGGGAAAUUUAAAGAUAAAGCUGAAACUCUGACCAGUGUGGCCAGACGGAAGUCAGAGCCCAGAUCCCAGGACAAAACUGAAGAAAAAGGGAGUAAAGCUGAUGAGCCCAAAGAGCCAGAGGCUGCUGGAGCAAAAAGCACAGAGAAGAAGGAGCAAACAGAAGAAAAGAAGGACGAUGUUCCUGCAGAACAGGGUGGGUCAGAUAGCUUAGACAGUUCAGGCAGCGAUGAAGAAGACAGUGACGAGGACAGUGAUGAAGACAGUGACGAUGACAGUGAUGAAGACAGUGACGAUGACAGUGAACAUGGAGAUGAUGACGAGGAAAAGGAGUCUGAAGAAGAUGAACCUCUGUCUUUAGAGUGGCCUGACUCACCGAGCAAACAAGCCACCUACCUCUUCCUGCUGCCCAUAGUCCUCCCUCUGUGGCUCACAGUUCCUGACGUACGCAAACAGAAAUCCAGAAAAUUCUUUGUGAUCACCUUCCUGGGCUCCAUUCUUUGGAUUGCUAUCUUUUCUUACCUCAUGGUGUGGUGGGCUCAUCAGGUGGGAGAGACGAUCGGUAUCUCAGAGGAGAUCAUGGGCCUGACUAUCCUGGCUGCAGGGACCUCCAUCCCUGACCUCAUAACCAGCGUGAUUGUGGCUCGUAAAGGACUGGGAGACAUGGCCGUUUCCAGCUCCGUGGGCAGCAACAUUUUUGACAUCACUGUGGGUCUACCAAUCCCAUGGCUCCUGUUCUCGUUCAUCCACGGUUUGACUCCAGUCGCUGUCAGCAGUAACGGCCUGUUCUGUGCCAUCGUGUUGCUCUUCCUCAUGCUCCUCUUUGUCACCAUCUCCAUCGCAGCCUGCAAAUGGAAGAUGAACAAGGUGCUGGGUUUCACCAUGUUCCUCCUCUACUUUAUCUUCCUGGUGCUCAGCGUGAUGCUCGAGGACCGCAUCAUUGUCUGCCCUGUUUCCAUCUGAAAGUGGGAACACAGCGAGACACACUGUGAGUGUGAAAGAAUAUCACCUGGAAAAAAAAACGAAGAAGUUUCAUGACUUUUGUCUUUUAUUUUGGACUCAUUAAAACGGUGGUUACCGGUAAAGAUGACUAGCAAGCGUUGCUCAUUUUAGCAGAAUAUUUAUUAUAUUUUCUGUCAGAAUCUGACAUCAGACUAACCACUCUUCUUUGUUUUUCUUUUAUUCAGUUUAGGAUUAUGAAUGGACUUCCUGUUUUAAGUCCCUCCAUGGGUUGAGUUUAACUCAACUUAUGUUUAAGGUGGAAAAGUUAAAACAAUUCGUAUCUAAAGGCCCUGUAACACUAUAAUGUUUUAGACAUCUUACGCCAGCUUAUGAAGAUUUUAAAGACAUUUACGUUCAAGAUGGAACUUAAAAAAACCAACUGGCACAAGUUGGUAGAAGUUGUCUAAACAUUAUAGUGUGACAGAGACUUUACCUGUUGGAGGUGGCUGUUUUCAUGACUUCAUUUUGGAGUGUUUUUCUGACUGAACUGAUGAGUCAACGUCUCGAGUGGAUGAUAAGACCCAAAUCCGGUCUCACAAAAUGAAUUGUUGCUCCUAACACUAUUUGUUUUGUCCCCACUCAGGCUAGCUCAUCUACCCAUUCCAAAUUGAACACUUUUUCACCAAAUUGUAGUCAUACAAACAUCUAUCUAUUACAGGUAAAAUGUUUAUUGUUCGUAACCUUUUCACAGAACCCCUUAUCAAAAGAUCUGAACUGUUGUUUUAAAAUCUCAGGGUUUUUGGAGACUUUUUUUUUUAUCAUUUAGUUGGUGUUUGCAGCUAUUUUCUUAUAAAGGAGGAUGGCUAGAUGUUUAAAAUAAAAGCCAUUUUUAUUUUUGUAAUACAGAGAGAUCUGUUAGAUUUCCCUAAAAAUUCAUAGUUCUUUAGCUGCUGACAUGAUAAUAAUAAUAAUAAUAAUAAUAAUAAUAAUAAUAAUAAUAAUAAU